CUGAGAGGCGAGCAGGGAGAGAGAAGCGGAGCCAGUGGGAGCAUCCAGCGGCUCAUGGAGAGCAGAGCCCUGCUUGUCCGAACAAAGGGCAGCUCGAUCGGAUGCCUUUUACCACAUCAGCGCCGUUAGAUGCUUUUCAUCCGGGAAUAAUUGGUUAAUCAAUGGCUCCCAAACAUGCGCUCCUUCGCAGAGGAGGUGAUAAAACGGCAGUGAGGCAGACGCUAUGGGAAGCGGGGAUGGUGGCCCGGUGUCCGCAGAGGAGAACCCCGGCUGGGAUGCUGAUCGGAGCGCUCCUGGUCCUGAUGAUGCAGAGCGCUUCAGCCGCUGAAGCAGCUGGGAGCGAACAUCAUGUGUCAAUCGAGCACAGGGACGUUUCUCUGGACCCUACAGUCCACACAGUAACUCCUGGUAUGAGAGACAGAGCUGGGGUUAAAGAGGCGUCUCCUGGAGCUGGUCCUGACGUGGAACUCAGGCGCUGGCCUGAGGGCAAAGUGUUUGCCGAGGCGAAAACAGCAGUCUGGACAGAAACACGUGAAGAAGUGGGCGCAGGAGCACAUGGAAAAGUCUUUGCAGAGGCUGGGAUUAUGACAGAAACUCAAGCUUGGGCUGAAGGAUGGAGGCCAGCAGACACGGAUGAUACGCUGCCAAGCGUGCCCGAAGAUCCAGCUCCCAUGCUGGUCCAGGAGAAGCUGAGGAUGGGUGGAGAGGUCCAAAGGGAGCAGGCGGCCCUGUCAUCCGUUCUCUCCAUGCUGACAGAGUCGGCAGAACUGCACACUGCAGCAGUCCGAAAACCUUUGGGGUUGCUUUCCAAAGCAGCUUGGUCUAGGAGCUCUUCUUCAUCAUCCAAGGCCUUAUCUUCGUCCACAAUGAAAGCAUCCACUCUGCCCUCCACUCCCUCCUCUCCACCCAGUAAAAAACUGAGUCAGACUACAGCAUCGACCAACAUAUCUGUGGCUUUCGGAAACAACGGCUCUUCAGCUAACUACAGUUUGGAUGAAAUAGUGAGCAAUCUACCAGCUUGGGAUCUGCCAACUGUACCUGAAUCACUCCUCUCCACAGUGGGCGACCAUGAUAUCACACUUCCCCCCAACGUCACUAGCCCUUUCUCCACCCACCAGUGGAAUACCACCAUGCCUGUACGUCCCAGGAUCCCUGCCCAGAACACAACUACAGCAGCCCCGCCCGUGCAGACAUCCCCAUCUACAACCACCACUUCCACCGUGCCCUUUUCUACCACGAGGAGGAUGGAAGCAGGGCUAGAACCCAACAGUACCACACACAACACCAGCACGGACACUGUGACCAGUGGCAGCGUUCAGCUGACAACGAUAACCACAACUUCACCCUCAACAACCACCCUCACUGUUAGCAGCACAGAGAUAGCAACGCAGGGGACGCCAAUCACUGGGAGCGCCGUAGAUCCGCUUCCAAACACGACAGCUGCUGCAACAACAGAGGAAACUACAAGCCUACCAAUCACAACCACUGCAACUACUCUGCCAACAACGACCUCUACAACUGCGCCACCCCCAACUACAACCACCACAACCACUGUUCCCCCAACUACUACAACCACAACCACCACCACCACUACUACCCUGGCUCCCACUACUACCACCACUGUAUCGACUACUACCGCCGCCCCCACCACGACCACAACUACCACCACCACCAGGGCACCCUCCACCACUGUCCUCAUCCCAGUUCCAACCACUCUGCCUCUGACAACAACCUCACAAAGUCUCUCCGCUACCAACGCAGAGGAAAUGCCUUUGCCAUGCAACGUGACAGAGAAGUUCUGGGUCAAAACAGUGUUGUCUAUGGAGCUCCGCAGGAACCGCCUGGACCUGAUCCUAAAACAGAACCUUUCAAAGGGACUGAGCUACGCUCUGCAGAGAGCCUUAAAUGAUUCCAAAGCCUCUGCACAGGUGGAGCGAGACGAAUGCAGCCCCCACAACCUGACUCUGGGUUACUACGUCACCAGUGGGAAAACCGUCUACGUUUCUUCCAUGGUUGUUGAGGCGCUGAACGUUUACGGCUUUGACAAGCUGCUGUCUGACAUCAGGCAACACACCCCGCUAGUUAAGGCCGUUCUGGUUCCCGUGGCAACCUGGGUCAGCGCUCCACAAAUUUACCUGCAGCUAAAAACAGUUUUGAGAUUCGUGGGGCCUACAGACAACAUCUACUCAUGCAGUUUUGUCCAGAUGUUGGAGCAGCGACUGGAGAAUGCAUUUGAAGAGGCUCAGGAUAAAGUACUGGAGAAUUACAACAGACUCACGGUGGAGAUCCAGAGUGUUUCUCAGGAGUCUGGCUCCCCCUCCGUUACACUGGUGUAUGUGGUUAAAAACCAGGACGCUGUUCUGAACGGGACAAUAUCCAGCGGGCUCCUCAACCAGCUGACGGCUGAGCUGGUGGGAUACUUCCUGUUCUACCCGCCGCUGAUGAUCGCUGAACCUCUUGAAUACCACAAUCUCAACACUUCUACAGCAACCAGGAACUACUGGGUGAUCACAGUGAUCCAGGAUGUGGACAGCUCCUCCCUGGAGGCUAACUACCAGAGCUUCGCCAGCCUCAUGGAGCAGCGCCUGGCUGAGCUUUUCCUGGUGGCUGGCAGGCAGGGCUCUCGGUCCAUGAGGUCCCGGCGGGCCACCACUGUGGGCGGCUACACCGUGCAGAUGGUAAGCAUGAGACGGCUUCCAGGUCCCAAAAACCCGGCAGAGAUGACUUACUACGCCCAGCUGAAUGGCUUACCCAUCACAGGAACGGCAGCGGCGAAGACCCUCAGCAGUCUGGACUCGCAGACCAUGGCUCUGACGCUGGGAUACUUUGUGCAAGUGCAAGCUGAACCCGUGGUAAAGACGCCACCAGGCAACCUGUGGAUCAUGGCUGUUCUCACACCUCUCUUCUUAUUAAUGGUGGUGAUUGGAAUGGUGGCCUUCAUCCUGUGUAAAAGGAACCGAGUCAUUUUUAAAUCAGGCGCAUUCAGGACCUUCAAGACCCGAUCCAAGACGUCAUAUCGAAGGGAGGGCAGUUACCACCACCAGCCUGUUCAGGGCUUUGACUACGCCAAGAAGCACCUAGGUCGAACUGGUGACGAGGCCGUCUCUGUUACCAAGGAGACGCUGGUGUUGGGGAUGCCAGUUCGAGACGCACCUCUAUCAAUGUCAUUGGAUAAGAAGGUUCACCAGGAUGGGACAGCAAGUAAACGACCUCCGUCAGCAGAUAUACACAAAGGAGGACGGUUGCCAAGCGAGGACGGCUCGGUGUCGAGCAACAGCUCAGGGAAGCUGAACACCAGCAAGAGCUCCUCGGCCCGAAGGACCAUGACAGGCAACAGCAGCAAGAACGGCAAGGAGGAGCUGCACAAGAGGAGCAACAACGACCCUUAUGAGGACCAUUCAGGCUCUCUGCGACUCAUCACCAUUAAACCCAUGACAGCCCAGCCCACCUACUCGUAUCCCUCCUCCUCCUCACACAGCCAGGACUCCGUGGUUGUGAACGGAGAGGUGAGUUUGGAAAAGGCAAAUCACGUUGGGCUGAAGCAGAAGUCAGACAUUGAGCACUACAGAAACAAACUGCGUCAGAAGGCUCGAAGGAAAGGGUACGGAGAGUUCUCACUGUCGGAGAGUCUCAACCACGGCUACAGUCACCGUGACAGCAGGCACAACCGGCACGAUGCAGCCAUCAAGCAGCCCAUGACGGCUGAGGAGAAGAGGGCCUCUUUUGCAGGAUGUCAUAAGAGGUACUCCCAUCCAAGAGAGCCAACAUACUGGAGCCGUCAGUCUCUGAGCAGCCCCAGCCCAGUAGAGACUGAAAUGGACCUGCUGGUUCUGAGGGAGAGAUCCAGGAGGGGCAUCCGGAAUAACGGCUAUGAUGGUGAACCGGAACCGUUUGAGGAGACCAAUGUGGACCGUCUGAUGAGCUCGCUGGGUUACGGAGGAGGAUCCACUGGAACCGGGAACAGCAGUUUGGGGGUGAAAGCUCACCGUGGCUCCGACUCCUCCACACUCAGCUCGCAGCCUUCCAUUGACGAGGUCCGCACGCAGAUGCACAUGUUGCUUGGCAACGCUUUCAGCCUGGCGCCUCCGGAUCAUGACCCUCCCUCCCCUCCAACUAACCACCAUCACCACCACCACCAUGCCCACAGUGUCUACAACCCCACCCACAGUAGUCACUACAAUGAUGGUGUGACCAGUGCCCCGGGGACCAUGAACCACCCCUGUGGGGGCAGGCAGAGGAACGCAGGUUACGAGGACAUGCACCAGUGUAGCCUGCCUAAACCGGGUUUCCGGUUCACCCAGCUUCCUGAUAUGGGCAUCGGUUCUCCCCCGCCUCUAAUCCCCUCCAGACCAGGACCGCCACCUGGGACCUCAAUACGAUGUAACAGCUCCACCCCUGACGUCAGCCUGAAGCCCCGUGUAUCUGAAGCAUCAGAUCUGCAGACCCAGCAACACAACGGUGCCCCCUAUCUGCCGCUGGCCAGGACACCUUUCCCUGCUGUCACUGUGGAUCAGUCCAUCAGCAACUACUCAGGAAACCCAAUCACGGCAGUCUACGCUAUAUCAGCCAACCGACCGGGUUAUUCGGAUUACUUCGUCAUGUCUCCUCCGUCCUCGUACAGGAGCCCCUCCUGGAUGUCCUACCCACCCGAACCUGAAGAUUUACCACGGCAAUGGAACGACACUCCUAACUCGCGUCAUCUUGAGACCAUCUGCUGAAGAUGGCUGCGGUGAGAGAGCAGAAUAACUCUGUGAUUUGCUUCGUUUCAUCCUUUUCCUCCCUGCAGGCAUCUUUAAGGCUAGAUGACCUCUUCCCUUUUGAAGGCAUUCUUUAGAUUCCUCUCCCUCAUCCUCCCUGACCUCCACCUCACCAAAGUACCUGAGAACACGGCUAGGUGCUCCACAGUUCCUCUGCCCCAGGAAAUCUUUCACUUUCUCCUCUUUAAUCUCUUUACCAAUGACCACCUCAGCCAUAUUUUUCUCUGUCCGUAUUCUGAGCUGCCUCUGGCCUCUGUAGUACGUCCUGGCCCCUCUGGAUCUCCCCCAGCUCUACAACCAGAGGCUCCUCAUACCGGUUGGUGAAGCUGAGCGGAGCUUCCUGCAGGGUGAACAAACAGAGGGAAUACGGCACGGUGUGAAAAAACUCCAGCAUUACUUGCCAUCUUCCCAGCACAUGAUGGCACACAGUUAUUAGUAUUACUGCCCCAGCAAAGGCCGUCUCUACUCCUCAGCAAUGAACCAGGCUGGUCUGGACUGGACCUGAACUGUCCUGGACUUAAGGUCCACCAUAAAGCCAGGAAAGCUGAACUGACAUAAAACUGUGCUUUUUUGAUGAACCCAAAUCCCUCUGUAAAUCUUAUACAGCUGGUUAAUAUGUGUAUUUUGAACUUAGGUGAGGAAAAAAAAGGAAAAAAGAACGACAACGACAAAAAAAAAAAAAAAAUCUCUCUGAUCCUGAGCUGUCUUACUUUUAGUUUUUGGAUAUUUGUGUGCUUUCGUCUUAUCUUUUUGUGCAUUGAUAAUUAUCAAUGGAUUACUGUUCAAAACAAACUGUGGGUGUCGCUUAGUCACUCGCUUAUUCAAAUAUUUUCAAGCAAAAAGAUGUGUUCCAUUUUUUUUUUUGAGGCAGAGAAAUCGGCGGCUUAGUCGUUUGUGGUUAUGAUGGCUUUUUCUAAACUUUCAAAAUAAACAUUUUUGCUUCAGUAGAUUCAGUAACAAAAAGAAGAAUCUCUCACGACAUUCUGUUGAUCAUCUGAUGAUGCAGUUUCUGUCCGUUUUUCAUCACCGGGGUCGAACUGAAAACAUGCAACCACUAAUAAUGCUUCGUUAGAAUGAUUUUCAGCUGUAGUUUGACCCGAUUUUCCUUUAUCGUGUGAUUACAUCAGUGUUAAGCUGUUUUACUUGAAAGCUGUCUACCGUAUUCUACUGUAUAACAAUCUCAGACUUUUUUUUGUAUUCUUAACCUGGAGUUUAAUGUUUGGACUCUUAUUAAGGAGUGUCCAAAAGACUUGUUGGGCUCUGAGGAGCCAGACUUGAUAAGGAUCUCAUGAAUUGUUGUAAAUAAAAGAUGAUUUAAUGAAGAGAUUUAUGCAAGCAGCGUGGGGAAAAAAGUGCUGGACAUUAUUCGAAUGCCAUUUCCCUCCUUAGUUUCUUCAUUUUUAGGUUAAGGAAUGGUCAGACUGUCUUUUAUAACUCUGACUUUCUGAAGGUUUCACAUAUUUCAGCAUCAUCUGUACUACGAAGCAGGUUUUCUCUGGCAGUAAUGCCAUCAUUUCUAAUCAUGAAGAUAAAUCUAAUGAUAAUCUGUUGUUUGUUUGUUGUAUUUUAGUUUUAAGUUAUAGAGCUUCAUCGAAAUCUGAAAACAAAAAUAUGGUGCACAAGUUAAACCGUAUGUUAAAAGGUUUCUACUAUAAAAGGCUAAAUAUGAUAAAUACACCUAAAGUCUUUAACUGGUAGAGCUCAGAGCUCAACUAAGGCCCAACGAAAUCUGACUGUAAUUUAAAUAGGCAGGUAGUUUUUCUUGGAUUUUACAGAAAUAAUUGGAUUGAACAUUACUUUGAAAAAUGUGAAAGUCCCACAGUCUAAUGGAAGAUCUACAUGAAGGGAAGGAUUAACUUGAGCAUUCAGCAUCAUUAAACAACUUUUAUGUUUCAGAUAUUCACAUAUAGCACCACUGCGCCAUGAUCUGGAAAAAGAACCAAACUGUCCCGUUUAGAUGAAUAGAAUUUCUUGGAAGAGACUUGAACUAGAAACCUAGAGCUAUUUGGUUCAAAGUAAAAGCGAAGUUUACAAAAGAAAUCACUCUGCAUCAGCUGUCAAGCACAGUAGAGGAAGCAUCAUCCUGUGAGGGAGUUCCACAGCCAGCUGUACUGCAGCCUGUCAUAAACAAGAAGCUGCAGCAACACCAAUGCAUUGUCCAUGUUGACUGUUUUUAGUCAGUUUUUAAUUAAGUUUUUAAUUCAGAAAUGAAACUUUGAAAAACUUUAUUAAAAAAAAGUUUUGAGAGUAACUUUGCUGUUUUAUCAGAUUUUAUUUCUUUUUUUUUCUUUUUAA